CCCGGCCCGCCCUUCGGCUAAAAGCUAAAGUCGGCCUAAUCUUGUUAAACCCGCUGCCCCCUUUGCUGCCCGAAGCCCGCGUGGCCCCCGAGUUCCACCAAUUCUUAUUUGUGAACUUUAUUAAACGCCUUUUCAUUUAAGCCAAAUCCUCUCAAAGUCUAGAAUGAGCUUUAGGUGGUUCUACUGGCCGCCCAGGUAGGGAGGGUCCCUGUGCUCCAUGCAACACAGACACCCUCAAGGGGUCACAGCCCCCCUGCAUACCCCACGCCCAGAGCCGCCAGGGCCCCUUGGCUGCCUUCCCUGCACCAAGUGAGCCCCCCCCAUCCCGCAACAGCCAGGCCACCUGGGUGGAUGUGUAUUUGCCAGGGGUGAUCGUCUUCCCGGUCUCCUCCCUUUCUCAGCACCCCCCCCCCCAUCCAGCUCCCCCUGACGAACUUCAUCCAGAGUAGCCCCUUCAGAGUCUGAGGCCCUUAAGCCCAGAUCAGGCACUGGGAACAUCUCUUUUUAAAAACACAGGACCACAGUUCCCAGGCCAGGGGUGGCCCUAUGAGCAGAGGCAAAGGCUCUCUCUGGCACAGCCCCUAAGCCAGAGGGGGCAGAGCCCAGCAAAGGAUCCUGCCCGCCAUAGUCUUAUGUGACCAAAAAGAGGCUCCUGCCACAACCUCCUCAUGGCCAGCAGCCUUACUGAUAUGCUGAGGAUUCCCAUGGGAUGAGAUGUGGGUCAGGGUGAGAGAAACCACCCUGUCAAGAAGGGAGCAUCUGAGUUCAGGUUGCCCCACAGGCUUCCCCAAUGGAGCCCCCCCCCAAAACACCCUUUGUGAGAUUUCCUUUGUUGCAAUAAACAAGAUGGGCAGCAAUCCAUUUGCAAAGGACGGACACUUGUUUCUGAAUUCUGGUGCAGAAUAACUUUCAUGUUUCUUAUCCAUUGGGCUUCCUCUGUUUGAUUGCCUUUCUUGGAACAUUCUCUGAAAUACUAAAUCUUUUUUCCUCAUCAGCUGAACUGUCGUCAUCACUAAUCCUGCAAUGGCUUCUUGAUGCCUUUGCUACAAAUAUAUUCCAGGUUUUUCUUGAGCAGGAACAGAGAUAUAUGACAAAUAUUGCAGAAUAUGACUGCUGAUUCCUACCUGUUCUCUUCCAUUUCUCAAAGUAUCUCCAGAAGAAAGGUUUGCAUUUUCUCUCAUUUUUAAGCAUAGAUUUGCUAAGUAAUCUAAAUAAAUCUCUUGUCUUAAAAGCAAAAUUUCUUUGAAAUUCUACUGGUAAAUUCCAAUAGGAGCUCCUUGUUUUCUCCCUCAGUUGGCCUUUAGGAAUCUGACUGCCUGAUGCGGUUACUACAAUCUCUGCUUAGUUUGCAAAGAGUAGCCAGUCACCAGGUGGGCAAUCGUUGGCUGUCAGCACAUCAAUAGAAGAUGAACAUGUCCCUCACUCAGCUAAACACACAAUCCCACAGUCAACCUCCAGUUAAUUUAAGGGACAAUUGGAGAAAGGAUUGGAGUCUUCCUCACAAUUACCAUUAAAUUAUUGCCUACCAUUAAACAACCAGAUGGAAAUUUGACACUUAAUGCAAGGGAUCCUUCACACUCACUGUUUGCAGAAAUCUAAUAAACUGUCCUGGUUUUCAAACAGUUUGAAAUAUGCCUAUUUGAUGGUCUCAUUUUAUGCUAUUUUCUUUUCAUUUAAUGGCAUCCCAUGCUUUCUUUCCAUGCUUUACAUAAAGUGCUCUUCAAGAAGCCUUCUUUGCUGAAGGAAUUUAUUUUUCCUAAAUGGCUGAGAAUUUGGUAGGACCCUCGGUGAUAUCCCAGGAGGAGACACGUGUGAUCUUCCUCCAGGUACCUUUAAGGUGACCACAGGAGGAGCAUCAAAUUUAUGUUUGUUCAGAAUCCCUCCCAUCCAUUAGGUAGCCACCAUGUGCUCCAGUCAACUGAUUCGAGCAAUUGAUAUAAAGCUGUGGUCAACCAACUCCUCUGCAGAGCUACGACCUUUUGACAGAGAGGCUGGCAACUGCAUCCAGGUACAGUGAACUUCCAUCCCUCGUGGUAAGGUGUCUGGACUGUGGCUGCACCCUGUUCCAUGGAUGGGAGCCACAGCUUGGGAACCGAGACUAAACUUUCUGGUGGUGGGUCAGUUCUCUUCUUUCCCUUUGGGAGAAUGUUUGAAAGAGGAGCUCCAGAGGGCGGUAGGAAGGGGCAGAAGGAUGAUUAUGACGGGAAGAUGAAGGCAGACUCCCCUCCAUCAUCCCUUACCUUAGCAGGGGGGGGGAGAAUGAGGAUCAUCCAGAAGGCUCUCUGAACCUUUUGCAAGGGGGGGAUAGAAUGAGAGCAAGUCGAGUGAUGCUUAGGCAGCUGCCAGGGGGGCCUGAAAUGCUGUGGGUGAGAAAGCAUUUGACAGAUUGGAAAGACCCCCUAGAUCUGGGACAGAGAGCUCUUCUCUAUCACACUGGCACAACAUUUGCUACCCUUGUCAGUUCCUGCUCUGGUUCUCUUGCAUCUUUUCUGGAGCAUCGUUCCAUGGUGCUGUCUUGAGUGCUGAGUGUGCCUCUGACUGAAAUGCUUAUAAAAGUGUUUAUGUGAAAAGCAGGGAAGGAAGAAAGGGAAGGGAGGAAAAGAAAUAAAGCCUUGGAAAAAUUUCCUCAGUUCUAGCCUAAUAAAGAGUGAACAGAACCCAAUUUUGGAAAGAAGGUAAAAUUAAUAGGUAAAACAAAUAGAGUGAUGGGUAGAAGGACGACAUUGGGAAGGGUCUUGAAUGUGUAUUUGUGCAGUGAUGGAUGGAGACCAUGAGGUGGCAAGCUCAGCUUUCUACUCGACUGCCGCUUGGUGAUUCUGAGUGGGUCUCCCACAACUCCUGAACUCUUCCCAUCCACUUGGCAUGCAGGUGACUUGCAGGGAUCAUGUCGAGGAGACUGCUGCUGUCCUUGGGAGUCCUACAGGUGGCCCUUGCAUUCCUGGCUUCUGGCCAUGGCCACCUGGAAGUGAGGGGUCCUAUCCUGGAAGAUACAGGCAGGCCCAGUUCCCCAGGCCUUGAGAUGGUCAAGGAGGUCCACCUCCCAGAUUUUAAACAAGUGACUCUGGGAACACCAAGAGUCCAAGAUGAUCUUGAGCCAGAAGCCAGCAUGAUGAUGUCAGCAGCACUGCAGGCCCAGGAGCGGGAAGGGCGUUCUCCACGGAGAUGUGUCCGUGUCCAGGAAUCCUGCCUUGGGCACAAACUGCCAUGCUGUGACCCGUGUGCCACUUGCUACUGCCGCUUUUUCAACGCUAACUGCUUCUGCAAGAAAUUUAGCAGCACUUUCCCCUGUGGCAGGAACUAGUUUGCAUUCUGCAGGCUGUCAUUUACUAAUCUUGAAUAGAUGUAGGGUCCAUAUAUAUUCCUUUUACAUUCCAAUAAAUCGCCUAUGAGAAAGAA